CGCCGUCUGGAGCCUUGUUGUAGCAGCCAUGGUCAACCCCACCAUGCUCUUCGACAUUGCUGUCGACGGCGAGCCCUUGGGCCGCGUCUCCUUCGAGCUGUUUGCAGACAAGGUUCCAAAGACAGCAGAAAACUUCCGUGCUCUGAGCACUGGAGAGAAAGAAUUUGGUUAUAAGGGUUCCUGCUUUCACAGAAUUAUUCCAGGGUUUAUGUGUCAGGGUGGUGACUUCACACGCCAUAAUGGCACUGGUGGCAAGUCCAUCUACGGGGAGAAAUUUGAUGAUGAGAACUUCAUCCUAAAGCAUACAGGUCCUGGCAUCUUGUCCAUGGCAAAUGCUGGACCCAACACAAACGGUUCCCAGUUUUUCAUCUGCACUGUCAAGACUGAGUGGUUGGAUGGCAAGCAUGUGGUCUUUGGCAAGGUGAAAGAAGGCAUGAAUAGUGGAGGCCAUGGAGCGCUUUGGGUCCAGGAAUGGCAAGACCAGCAAGAAGAUCACCAUUGCUGACUGUGGACAACUUUAAUAAGUUUGACUUGUGUUUUAUCUUAACCACCAGACCAUUCCUUCUGUAGCUCAGGAGAGCACCCUCCACCCCAUGUGCUCGCAGUAUCCUAAAAUCUGUGCUCUCGCUGCAGUUCCCUUUGGGUUCCAUGUUUUCCUUGUUCUCUUCCAUGCCUAGCUGGAUUGCAGAGUUAAGUUUAUGAUUAUGAAAUAAAGACGAAAUAACAAAAAAAA